AUGACGAAGAUUCGCAUAAAAGUUGAUAAUAAUUAUAAAUUCGUAGGUUUCUCAAUGCAAGAAAAUGGUAUUCAAAAUAAUUCAAUUGAUAAUUCCGGUUCAGACAUUAAAGAAAAGAGCUCGCCUUCUACUUCCGAUGGUAAGAGGAAUUCACCAUCUAUUUCUGAUGCUCAAAGGAAUUCACCAUCUACUUCUGAUGCUCAGAGGAAUUCACCAUCUACUUAUGAUGCUCAAAGGAAUUCACCAUCUACUUCUGAUGCUCAAAGGAAUUCACCAUCUACUUCUGAUGCUCAAAGGAAUUCACCAUCUACUUCUUGUGCUCAAAGGAAUUCACCAUCUACUUCUGAUGCUCAAAGGAAUUCACCAUCUACUUCUUGUGCUCCAAGGUCUUUUUCUACUACUAAGAAAUCGAACUCUCAUGAGUUCCCUCAAUCGGGAAAAACUGCAAAAAGAGGCCGAAAGAGUUCAUCGACAUCAACAUCAUCUGUUGAGAAAUUAUCUAUCGACAAACAAAAGGAAUCAGUGUUCGGUGAGAAAGAAUUAGUCGAAACCCUAAUGCAUCUAUGGGCUUUGUCUAAUAGCUAUUCUAUUGAUUCAGCAAAGUCAAAGAAACACAGAAGCACAAAAUUUUCAAUUACUAAGAAGCGAAAAUUGCAAGAUGUCGUCUGUACAGAAGAUGGGCUGAAAAAACACCAGCAGAUAACAACUUUGUCUUCUGCUUCUGAUACGUUCAGUUGUGCCUUUUGUGAAAAAUCCUUCAAUAGUUAUCAAGCUUUGGGUGGUCAUAAAUCAAGCUGCAAGAGCAAUCCGUUGAAAAAAGAAGUCGUCAAACCUGCAGUGCAAGAUUCAUCCGCAACAUCAAAGAUCCAUCCAUGCAAAAUAUGUGGUAAGGUGUUUCUGAGUGGUUGCGCUCUAGGGGGGCAUCAAAAGAGUCAUAAGACUGGAGAAGUUGAACCUAGUAGGUCAUCAGCCUCACCACCACCAAAGGAAAUCAAUGAGUCUUUACAUCUAAUUAAGUCAUCUACAACAUCAGUUCAAGAAGAGCAAGCCGACGUACCGAAUAAGAAGAUUAUGAUGUUCGAUCUCAAUGAAAAGCCACCGGAGGAUGACGAUGAAAGUGAGUUAAAAUUGUAA